AUGCAGCGCGCAUUGAACACCCGGGCCCGAGCCUCUGCUCUGUCCUCGGCAGCCACCAAGUACCGAGCUGGCAGCCUCAGCCAGCAGGUCCGAUUUGCUCACAAGGAGCUCAAGUUCGGUGUUGAGGGUCGUGCCGCUCUCCUCGCUGGUGUCGACACCCUCGCCAAGGCCGUUGCUACCACACUCGGUCCCAAGGGCCGAAAUGUCCUCAUUGAGUCCAGCUUUGGCUCUCCCAAGAUCACCAAGGAUGGUGUUACCGUUGCCCGCGCUGUGAGCCUCAAGGACAAGUUCGAGAACCUCGGUGCCAAGCUCCUCCAGGAUGUUGCUUCCAAGACCAACGAGGUCGCCGGUGACGGUACUACCACCGCUACCGUUCUCGCCCGUGCCAUCUUCUCCGAGACUGUCAAGAACGUUGCCGCCGGCUGCAACCCCAUGGACCUCCGCCGCGGUAUCCAGGCUGCUGUUGAGGCCGUCGUCCAGUUCCUCCAGAAGAACAAGCGAGACAUCACCACCAGCGCUGAGAUCGCUCAGGUCGCUACCAUCUCUGCCAACGGCGACGUCCACAUUGGCCAGAUGAUUGCCAACGCCAUGGAGAAGGUUGGCAAGGAGGGUGUCAUCACCUGCAAGGAGGGCAAGACCGUUGCGGAUGAGCUCGAGGUCACCGAGGGUAUGCGAUUCGACCGUGGAUUCGUCUCCCCCUACUUCAUCACCGACACCAAGUCCCAGAAGGUCGAGUUUGAGAACCCUCUCAUCCUCCUCUCCGAGAAGAAGAUCUCUGCUGUCCAGGACAUCAUCCCCGCUCUUGAGGUCUCCACCCAGCAGCGCCGACCUCUGGUCAUCAUUGCUGAGGACAUUGAGGGUGAGGCUCUCGCUGUCUGCAUCCUGAACAAGCUCCGUGGCCAGCUCCAGGUCGCUGCUGUCAAGGCCCCUGGCUUCGGUGACAACCGCAAGUCCAUCCUCGGCGAUCUCGCCAUCCUCACCGACGGUACUGUCUUCACUGAUGAGCUUGACAUCAAGCUUGACAAGGCCACCCCCGACAUGCUCGGAUCCACUGGUUCCAUCACCAUCACCAAGGAGGACACCAUUGUCCUCAAUGGUGGCGGCAGCAAGGACGCCAUUGCUCAGCGAUGUGAGCAGAUCCGCGGUGUCAUUGCCGACCCCACCACCUCCGAGUACGAGAAGGAGAAGCUCCAGGAGCGUCUUGCUAAGCUCUCUGGCGGUGUUGCCGUCAUCAAGGUUGGUGGCUCUUCCGAGGUUGAGGUUGGUGAGAAGAAGGAUCGAUUCGUUGAUGCUCUGAACGCCACCCGCGCUGCCGUUGAGGAGGGUAUCCUGCCCGGUGGUGGUACUGCCCUCAUCAAGGCCUCUGCCCAGGCCCUCAACGAGGUCCCCACUGCCAACUUUGACCAGCAGCUCGGUGUCAGCAUCGUCAAGAACGCCAUCACCCGCCCGGCCCGAACCAUCAUCGAGAACGCCGGUCUUGAGAGCUCCGUCGUCGUCGGCAAGCUCACCGACGAGCACGCCGCCGACUUCAACAAGGGCUUCGACAGCGCCAAGGGCGAGUACGUUGACAUGAUCAACGCUGGUAUCCUCGAUCCCUUCAAGGUCGUCCGAACUGGUCUCAUUGACGCCAGUGGUGUCGCCUCUCUUCUCGGUACCACCGAGGUCGCUAUCGUUGACGCCCCUGAGGAGAAGGGUGCCGGUGGUCCUCCUAUGGGCGGUAUGGGAGGUAUGGGCGGCAUGGGUGGUAUGGGAGCUGGAUGGAUGAACGGCGCACAAUGGUUUGCGUGUUAUGACGGGACGGGUGUGGUGGUCUUUCAAACUCAUCUCCUCUCUAUCAGGUUGUCGGACCACGGCAUUCGUCUUCAUACCCUUUACGGAAUUUCUGGCUACACUUUGAGAGCCAUUAUCCAUAUGAGAUUGGGCAUUGUUUAUCUGUAA